AGUACUUACUACUGGGACUCUGACUGACAAGGCAAUUUAGGCCUAACUAAUUUUUGAUGUCUACUAAGCUUAUUGUGAUCUUUGACUGGUGUUACAACUGUAUAUUCAUGUCGCAAAAUAUCACCAUAUUGCGAGAUGAGGCAAAAACAAUUUAAAAUUGCAAUUUUCAUCAUCGUAUUCGUAUACUUGCUUACUUUCGGCAUUAUACUACCAAUAAUGUGCUGGAAUCUUCCCUUUUCACGGUACUAUGUCCGUAGGAAAAGUACACACACUGUUGACAGUGCAAUAAAGAAAGACACGUUCGAGGCCAAAAAAGCUUACAAAUACUUUUCUGAUAUGGAACCGCCUGAAAGUAGCAUAGAAUUUUACAACCAAGCUUUUGUAACGCGAAAUCCAAAAUACGCAAUUGGAAUUAUCACAGUUAAAAGACGUGCAUUAGACACAAAUUCUAAACCAUACUCUCCUCAGUAUUUGCCACGCGUGGUGGCCCGGUUUGAUAAGCUACUUAAAAAGUACAAUAAAAAAGAUGUUGUAUUUUUCCUAUGCAAUGCUCAGUCUGACCCUGAGGAACAUGGAACAGCGUGGGAGCUAGCAAAGUAUGUGCCUUCUGUACAUAAAGUGAGAUCUCCACUGAAGAAACGAUUACCAAAUUCUCGUGAGCUUGAGAAACAGGAUUAUGUUUUUUGCAUGAAUCAUAUUCGGAAGUUUAACGCGACAUACUCGAUCCUUGUCCAAGACGAUGCCUUACCGUAUCCACAGUUUAUAAAAGAGCUGGAUCACCUAGUAACAACUAGAAUAGAGAAUAAAUUUGUUAGAGGUAGACUUCAAAAGAACACAGAUACAUUGGCGUCUGUCAAAUUCUACUUUCCUGAAAAAUGGGAAGGUUAUGGAGCUGAGUCCCGCCUAAUUAUAGAACUCAUUGCUGUUGGGGCUUUUGGGGGCGGUAUAUUAUAUGCAAUUUUCAGCAUAUUCUGGUUCACUGACAAGACGUGUUCUCAAAGUUUUAUAAUGUUUAUCAUGUGGUCAUUUUAUAUUGGAUUGUUGAUGUUUGUAAUUGGACGGCCUUAUCUCUUGUCGUUGCGAAUGUUGUCUCCCGAUUACUAUUCUAUCGUGUCCGCUCCUGAAUGUUGCAUUCCUGCAGUUCUGUACAAGACAAAGUAUAUAGAACUCUUAGAGAAUCACUUGCGUGGAAUUACUUGCCACAAUACGUAUCCAUUAGAUGUCGCAAUCAGUAGGUUUUUUCAACAGCUCUCUUUAAAACAGUAUUUAGUUGUGCCAAAUCUAUUUGACCAUAUUGGUUUAUUUUCAUCUCUUCACAAAGAACCAAAGGAUCCACACUCCUUUAUGACGUGAAAAUAAUAAAUAAUUUGUAUCUGUACAGUAGUUGUGACAUACAGUAUCGUAAGUAUACUCGCAUAAUAAGACCAGGCUUAAAAUAACAAAUAACGAUAGAAAAACAGGGGGUUAUCUUUUAUGCACUACAGUAUGAACAAAUUUUAGAGUUAACCCUUUGAAGUUGCGGUCCGUAUAAUAUAUGAACCAAUUUACUGUUGCAGGAAGCCCGCUCCGAAUUAUGUACGGACUGACUUUGGUGCUGCUGCCCUCUAUUUAAUGAGUAAUUUUAGGGGUUUCCCUAUUGUUGCCGCAACUGGACGUGCAGAAGCCUUCAAAAUGGCCAAAUCGGUAGCAAUCAUUCAACGUCAGUGAUGCACUUACCCUUAUUUUAGCGGAUGAUGACAGUGGGGCUUAAUGGGCGUCAGUGACCGUGGCAAAAUUCACUUGAGAAUUUAAAGGGUUAAAUCAUGAUGGUCUUAUGUGCGGAUCGUCCGUAACGCGUGAAUUUACUACUACAAUGAAGCUACUAAAUGUUGAUUGAAUACAAAAUCAACCAAAAAUCUUCUCAAACUCAAGGGUUGACGCUUAAAUGCGAGUAUACGGUGCGGUUAUGGUGCUUUGCUUCCCUUCCCAGAAAGUGUAUUUCUACCUCAGUACACAUAGUUCAUGUAUAAGCUAUCAUUAUUAAUGUACUGUGCUGCAGCAAAAUUUAUAUGUAAUUAGCAUUGAUUUACUGCAAGAUGGUCUGUAUUGUACCAUAUUGUACGGUAUUGGGCAAUUCCACAACAAUUACAAUUUAAUCUAGAUAAUAUUUGGACGGAUUGUCAUGUCCUGUGAUAAAAAUUAAAGUGGAAUUCCUUCACAAAGUAAAAUUUGUAGAAAAUUUCAAAAUGUUGACAAGAUCCUUUUUUGAAAAUUUUUUAAGCAGCCUAGCUGCUUAAAAAAGUUGUGCACUAUAACACACCUAUAAGGCGAGACAUUUUAUACCUUGUUUCGAAAACUUUUUUUUUUUAAGAUCAUCAGAGGAGGGCAGAAAGAAAAAUAAAAAUAAAUUUUUUUCUUAUUAAGCAAAUAGUUUUGCCAAAAACAUCCAGAUGGAGGUGAAAAUAAAAUUAAAAGGGUGAAUACUGUAUAAACAAUAUACAGUAAUGGUGAUUGUGUAGUUGGGAUGAAAUACACAUAUCUUAUUCUUGGAGAUUUCUAAAUAAAGUAAAACCUUUUUUUUUUUCUUGAAAUUUAGAUUUUUUUUGGUGGUGGGUGCUUUAAUUGGCCAAAAAUACAAUUUUAUUUGAAAUGAUCAUUAAUGAUGGCCGGUGGGUUUGCUAUAACAAGGUAUAAACAAAAGUUUUGCCGUAAUACCCAUAAAAGUUAUUUUCAAGACGCAUUCUAGCCUUCUCAGUUUGUAAAAAUAAGCCAAAAAUUGUUGUGCUUUGUAAUUCUGUUUCCCUAUUAUAAAAUUAAAAAUUGUUGUUCUUUGUAAUUCUGUUUCCCUAUAAUGAAAUUAAAAAUUGUUGUGCUUUGUAAUUCUGUUUCCCUAUUAUAAAAUUAUAUGAUGUAGACUAAUAGUGAUCUGUGACAAUAUGUCAAGUUUCACCUUCUUGUAAGAAAAUCCUGCCAAAGUACUACAGAUUGAGAUAGAGGUAGUGGUUAUAGCUGUAGAAAACUAAA